CCCUCCCAGCCCCGGGCGCUCCCUGGUGCUUCAUGGCCGAGCCCGCCGGCUCCCCGUGCCGCCCCGCCGCGGGCAGGCGAGAAGCGACCGGUGAGGGAGCGGCGAGAGCCCGCUGGCGGCUACUCGGACAGGUUCUGAAGAAAAAGCACUUGAAAGAUGUGCAUCUCCAACAAGUGUCUGUGAGAAGGUUCGCAUCAUUCAAUCUCUUUUCAGUAGACGACCAGAAUACUGAAGAGGAAACUGGGACCUGGGUUCAGUAUAAAAGCAUCUUUUAUCCUGAGUAUAGCGUGUCCUUAAGAUUUCACAAUGGACUCUUAAAUGUUAAAGAUGUUCUUACAAGCUUUGACAACACAGGGAAUGUCUGUCUCUGGCCAGCUGAAGAAGUACUAGCUUACUACUGCCUAAAGCACAAUGAAAUAUUCAGGGACCUUGCUGUGUGUGAGCUAGGGGGUGGCAUGACAUGCUUGGCUGGGCUCAUGGUUGCUAUUUCUGCAGAUGUCAAAGAAGUUCUGUUAACUGAUGGAAAUGAAAAGGCCAUCAAAAAUGUAAGUGACAUCAUCGCAAGAAACCAAACUGCAGGAAUAUUUAAGGCUCAGAAAGUGUCAAGCUGCAUUUUACGAUGGGAUAAUGAGACAGAUGUCUCUCAACUGGAAGGACAUUUUGACAUUGUUAUGUGUGCAGACUGCCUGUUUCUGGACCAGUACAGAGCUAGCCUUGUUGAUGCAAUAAAGAGAUUACUCCAACCCAGUGGGAAAGCAAUGGUGUUUGCUCCACUCAGAGGGAAUACUUUAAACCAGUUUUGCAAUCUAGCUGAAAAAGCUGGUUUCUCUAUCCAAAGACAUGAAAAUUAUGAUGAACACAUUUCGAACUUCCACUCCAAGUUGAAAAAUGAAGAAAAAGAUACAUAUGAUGAAAACAUCCAUUACCCUCUUCUUCUUGUUUUAACCAAACACAAAUAGAUGAUGACACUUUUGUUGCUGUUGUUUUAAGAUGGACUACUGAAAAUUAACCCCUGUAUGUGGAUGGUCAGGAAGUAAGAGGAUUCUGCUCUCCCCUUUUGUUCCCAAGUCAUCAUCAGAGUAAUAUUUUAAUCUAAGUGCUGAAGAAGGUAUUGUGGUUUGUUUCACAGUGCAUAAACACUGAGAUGUUGUUUUGGUAUCAAUUUAGAACCCAUUUUUCCAAUUAUAUUCCAGCCAAAAAGCCAUCAGAUGUCAAAUGUGUACAUUAACCAAGGUGUAAAAACUGGUUUCCUUCUCUUUUGUGCCUUUAAGCUUGCAUGUACUUUGUUAACCUCUUUAAAUGUUAUUUUGGGUCUAUAUUUAGAAAUACAUUAAUAAUA